AUGGGAUCUGAGCCCGACCUGGACGCGCUGUUCGGUCCCGGCGAAGCAGCCGAGGCGCCUGGUGCUACACCUGAGUCCCACGUGCAGCAGGUUCAUCCUGCGCUUCGCUCCGCAGUUGAGACCUUCGUGGCAGAGUCCUGGCCUCGGGCGCGUGCGGAGCUCGUCGGAGCGGAGAGCGGUGAGCAGACUAGCAAGGGAGCCCGGCCACCACUUCCGGCUUCCCUAGCACGGGAUGUGGAUGCAGCCCUGGCGGCGGAGAGCUGCGGUGAAUGGGCAGACUGCCGGCAGAAGGCGUCGGCCAUCAGAUCAGAGGCCUGGAAUGCUCUGAUUCGAGACAAAGGCUGGCAGCGACCCUGUGACAAGGAGCUCUUCAUGCUCACCGAGCUACUUCUGGCACUAUGCUCGCAUGCCUCUGGCAGCAGCUCAUCAGCCGUGAAGCACGCCGAUGGUGUCUUUGUCUUUGCGCCGGCUGGCGAGUUCAGAUCCUGUGCGCUGCUCUUUGUUCGUCUGCUCGACGACGAUGUGCGGGCCGCGCGGUCAGAGGAGGCCCAGGCCCGGGCCCGGCCGCUGGGGGACUUCCCGAGCAGCUGCCCGGAGACCGCGCUGAGCACCGCGCUGACGAGGCAGAAGGAUGCGGGCGGUGCAUGCGCGCAAAGGCUGGGCAGGCUGGCCACGGACCCUUGCCCUGAGAAGUUGAAGGAGCUGUUGUCCUCGAAACCUUUCUUCUUCCCUGGCGCACUAGAGGGGUGGCCGGCGCGGAAACGAUGGAGUUCCCUCGAGUAUUUGGAUCGCCAGGCGGGCCACCGGCUGGUACCGACCGAGAUUGGAAGCGAAGUGGGCGCAGAUGGCUGGAAGGAAGAGCUGAUGCCCUUCAGCCGCUUCCUUGAGGAGUUCCUGGCCCCCAGCUGCUCCGGGGCCCAAGGCCAAACUGCAUACCUGGCCCAGCACGAGCUCUUCGAGCAGUGUCCCGUCUUGCGCGCGGACAUCGCUUUGCCACAGGCAUGGCAGCAGGUUCUGGGGGCACCAUCGCGCUGCAAUGCAUGGGUGGGAACGAGCAGGACGCUCACGCCCUGCCACUGGGACUCUUACGACAACUUCUUGGCACAAGUUCAAGGAUUCAAGCGAGUGUUGCUCCUGGCCCCGAGCCAGCGGGCCAAGCUGCAUGUGCGCGUGGAUGCCGGCACUGGGGCCCAAGGCAACAUCUCCCCGGUGAACGUGGAGGAGCCAGACCUGCAAAAGUAUCCGGACUUCCUCGAGGCCGCAAUCAUGACGCUUGUCGAUGGACACUACCACAUCUACAAGAGCUUCCACGCCACGAAGUACAGCGGGCUCCGCAACCAGCGAGGCGAGCCGACAAAUAUUGUCUAUAGCUUCAUGCAACAGCUUGAGAGGAUCCACCGAGAGCUUGAGCCCUCGCACAUGGCGGUGCUCUUGGACAGUGAAACCUCAUCUUCAUCCCGACGAGAAGUCUUGCCAGAGUACAAGAAAAACCGGAAGUGUCCCAAAGAGCUGCUUGAGCAAUUGCCGAAGGUCAUCAAAGCCUGUGACGCCAUGGGGGUGCAGUGGCGGUCGCAUGAGGACUUCGAAGCCGAUGACCUCAUUGCCUCUUACACGCGCCGAUUUAGUGCUGGUGGGUCCAGUUGCCAUGUGAAGAUCGUGUCUUGUGACAAAGACCUCCUCGAGCUGGUGGGCGACCAGGUGGAGUUGCUGGACACCCCUCGAGACAGAAAUCGUUCUGGUUUUGUCCGGAUGGACAGAAGUGAGGUCUGGAACAAGUGGGGCGUUCGACCGGACCAGAUCCCGGAUCUGCUAGCACUUAUGGGCGACUCUGCCGACAGCAUCCCCGGAAUACCGGGCAUCGGAGCCAAGAGAGCCGCAACACUGCUGCAAAAGUGUGGCAGCCUAGAGGCCAUCGUCAAGCGGGCAUUCGAGGGCACACUAGCAGCGCCAGGCAUUUCCCCAAAGAUCUGUGGCAAGAUCGUGGCGCACGGCCCCAGGGCUCUGGAGUUGCUCAAACACGUAGUAAGGCUGAAGGACGCCUCUGUGGAGAAGGAGGAGCUCGACUGCUUCAAGGUGCCCGAGCGGGACGAUGGCUGGCGUGACCGUGUCAGCCUCUUCUGCGACUCCGAAGACAUGGCAAAGCUGAAGGAGCGCUUGACCUCCGGCCCAAUCACGGGCAAGAAGUGCCAAGAAGGCAAAGAAGCGCCGUCCUUCAUCCCAUCGCGGCCGGACACGGGGAAGGUGCUCGAAGUCCGGACGCCCAACGAAGCCCGCGAGGCACUUGAGCGCCUGGAGCAGUACCCAAAAGCAACCUUCGCUGUGUUCUGCGUGGGGAGCGAUGAGCCUUCGAGGAGCGCUCCAUGCCUUGCGAUCUACGGAGGUCCCUCCAUCGACCUGGGCCACGGCCGCACCAAACUCUGGGUGGACUUGUUGGGAAAUUCCGAGGAGAUGAGGGGCUUGUGGCGGGGCUUUCUGGCAAACCCCCAAAACAAGGUUUACCACGUCUACGCGGACACGCAGCGUGGCUUGAGCUGGGGCAGCGCACCGCCGAGCAUCCCGCGCAGAGGCGGCUUUGUCGCAGACGUCGUGCACCUUGCACGUCUCUGGGAUCCCACCUUGAAGGAGGCCAACUCGCUGCCAUGGCUGGCGGAGAAGUUGCUGGGCCCGACUUGGAGGCUGCAGCGACCACAAGGUGAAGAGGGCAAGAGGAAGGUCCGUGAUCUGCAGCAGAGCAGAUGUCGGGACGAUUGGGUGCAGUUGUGCGGAGACAGUGCAGCCGCCGUGUUUUACCUCCACCAAGACCUGAGGGCCAGGCUUGCGAAGCAGGCGUGGCAGGCUCCAAAAGAGGCAUUACCUGUAGCGACAGCUUCGAUGCUCGACUUCUACACAGAGCACUGGCAGCCGCUGGCUAUGCUGCUCUCGGACAUGGAGCUUCGGGGCGUUCCAGUCCACGGCGAGAGGCUGAAGGAUUUAAUCACUGAGAAGUCCGCCGCCCAGGAGUUGCUCCGGCGCGCCUUCUGCAGCUGGGCAGUCAGCAAAGGUUGCCUGGAUGAGACCUCGGCCUCUAUGGUGGAUUUGAACUCCAACCAGCAGUUGGCGCAUUUGCUUUUCGGUUCUGGUGAAAGAGAGUUCGCCGGCUCUGUCGCAGGGGGCUCCCCUUCGAUCCAGCUGUUGCCAGAAGCGGAGCUUUGGUCCCACACAAUUCCAGAGCUGAAGGAGCUUUGCAGAGAACGGGGUCUGAUGGUGAGCGGCAAGAAGCUGGAUCUCGUGCAGCGCCUUUGCGAUCCUCAGGCUCAAGUGCAAGGCAGGGCACGGCGUUCCCGACCGAGCCUAAAGGUUCGGGGUCUCUGCCUCGAGCAGAGCACGGUCACUGGCACAGCUCGCGCAGGCAGCGCGCAGCUGACCUUGAAAACCUUGAAAGGGCUGGUGGAGCGGGAGUGCCAGUGGCAAACAGACGCGGCAGAGCCUCUGCAAAGUUUGUUGUCUUGGCGGCAGCAUGAGGCUCAGCUGGGUUGCCUACGUCCCUUGCAAGUUGCGUGUCGCCGGGGUCGGGUCCACCCAGAGCUGAACCUGAACGCGGCCACAGGCCGCCUUUUUAGCAGGAGCCCGAGCUUGCAGGGCAAGCCGAAAGGAAGCGGCCACGCAGUGCGAUCUGUGGUGGCGGUGCCUCCAGGAAAGCGUUUUUUGGUGGCGCACUAUGGCCAGCUCGAACUAAGGCUGGUGGCGCACUUGGCAGACUGCCCCACCAUGAUUGACAUCCUUACGCAGGGCGGCGACAUCCAUUCCAGAAUGGCCUACCGCAUCUUCGACGAGGUACGGGACAGCGUGGACGAAGGGAAGGUCGUUUUGGAGGGCGACAUCCAGGGAGCGGCGACUGUGGAAGAUGUUUUUCCGGAGCUGCGCAAGCGCGCCAAGGCGUUGAGUUUCGCUUUGCUGCGCGGGAAGACGGCUUUUUCGGUGGCCAGCGACUGGGAUUUGAGCCAAGAAGAGGCCUCUGCCGUGACUGAUCGUUGGUUUCGGACUUUCCCCGAGAUCGAGGCCUGGAUGAAGCAGUUGGACGAGAACGACCAAACUGCGGUCGCAACGCUGCUGGGGCGGCAGCAUCAACUCGACCGAUUGAAGGGGCGAUCCUUCAAAGAGUUGGAUUCGGCAAGACGUGCGGCGGGGAGUACAGGGGUACAGAGCAGUGCUGCAGACGUGGUCUUGAGCGCCUUGGUAAAGGUGGAGCGCUCAAGCGUGCUUCAACAGCUUGGCUAUCACCUCGUGCUGCAGGUCCAUGAUGAGUUUCUGCUCGAAGGACCUGAGGAUCAUGCCAACGAGGCCUUGGCAGAGCUGGUGCGGCUCAUGGAGGACCCCCUCCCAUUUAAGCUCAAAGUACCCCUGACAGUGAAUGCCAGGCAUGCGCAAACCUGGAGUGAAGCAGGGUUUUGA